GUUUUUGCUACGUCCUGUUAUGGUGGGACACGUAAUCUACUAAUGGCGACGGAAAUUCACCAUGCUAAUUGUGGUUGUAAGGGAAUUCGAACUUGUUUAUUGUGUGAGAGCGUGAAUGGAAAUGGAAUAUUAUCGGAGAAUGGUCAACCGAUACGACACGAUUUUAUGUACGACCCAUUACUGAGACGAGCUGUGCGCAAUUAUGGUGGGCAGCAGCUGUCUUUUCCCUUCCCUGGAAUCUUUUUAUGGAAUGACUUCAUAUCAGAAGAGGAGGAGAGUGAGUUGAUAACCGAUAUGGACCUCAACGCCUGGAGAGAGUCACAGUCUGGUCGACGGAAACAGGACUUUGGGCCUAAAGUGAACUUCAAAAAACACAAAGUGCGUCUUGGUGGCUUCCACGGCCUGCCUCCAAUCAGCCGUAAACUGGUGCUACGGAUGUCCCAGGAGCCGGUACUAGCCGGGUUUCAACCAGUGGAGCAGUGCAACCUGGAUUACCACCCCCAGCGUGGGUCUGCCAUUGACCCCCACCUGGAUGACAGCUGGCUGUGGGGGGAGCGUCUGGUCACCGUCAACCUGCUGUCAGACACCACUCUCACAAUGUCCCUGGAGGAGGGCCUGACAGAACUAGGACAGGGGGAGGUCCGGGUGUCUGUGCACCUUCCCUGCAGAUCCCUUGUGGUGGUAUACAGCGAAGCACGUCACAGAUGGAAACAUGCCAUCCAUAGACAUGACAUCCAUGAGCGCAGGGUGUGCAGUACCUACAGGGAGCUGUCUGCUGAGUUCAUGUCUGGGGGAGAGCAGCAAAACAUGGGCUCCCAACUGCUGGACAUAGCUCUGAGCUUUGAGGGUACACCGAUAUAGAAAGAAUGCAAUCAUCACUGUUUCAAUUUUUUUCUAUCCUAUGUCCUGCACCACCCACAUUACAAUGUGACUCGUUGUUGACUGAAAGCAGCCUCUAUGCACUCUAUUUUGACAUGCUUUGGCUAAGCAUUGCACGAAUACAGUUGGAUUGUUUGAUUAAUUGAACUGUAAUUUCACAGUUCUUAUAACUAUGUUAUAACACGUUGACACAUUGUACUGAAUUUCUUGCUAGGAGUGUGUAUUUGAGUGUAUUUUGUAAAAUAAAUUAGACCAUUGAAAUCUAUGUAUUGUAAUGAUUGGCUAUUGCAUUAGUGGAUACUCACACUGCUAUCAGCACAGGUCUGCCGGUUUUGACUAUCAGAAGUGACUUUUCGUAACAGGUUAGGAGAAUUAAGUUAAGGUUAGGAAAAGAGUUUGCCAAAAUUGUCCCUGACGUGACUCGAACAUAUCUAGUUAUAACCAGGCCUGCCCUGAGAACAGUCUUGGUUUCCACGCGCGCAUGUUAUUAAUGUGUGGUUCUCAUUGCCCAGUUAGUUUGGGAAUGUUAUAAAGUGGGCAUGCACUCAGUGUUGGGUAGCUAAUAGACGACUCACGGCUUAUGACAUGGACAGCGUAAUAUUCAGUUUCUGCCAGAGCUAGAGUGUCCUAUUCACUAGACUUAACUAAUAUUGCAAGUUACUGCAUUGUAUGAGUGUAUGUGUUGGCUGUCAAAGGAGGACAUUAAACUUGACCAUCUAGCUAUCUU